UGUACUCUGAAUUGGUUGAAAAUUUGGAACCUUCCUUCAAAUGAGCGAAGAAAUACCAAUUUCCACCACCAUAUUUCUAUUUAUAGUAUCAAACAGUGUGUCAGCAUCACGUGAUUGUGCGUACUGGUAAUCUCUGUUUAUCACAUGUGUACGUCAAGUAGAGGCCAUUAAUCUAUCAUUUUUUUCCUGACAAAGAAUGAACAAAAUGGAGUCGAAAAAGCAGUAUGUGAUAUAUUUGCCUCAACGGAAUAAUCUUUAUUUUUAUCACGAAUUGGAUCUGUGGCAACAGGACAAUCAUUUCAUUCGUUCCGCUUACGUGAAGCAUACUUCAAGCUAUAAAAAAUGUUUGGAGUCCAUGACAUAUUUACACAAUGAAACCGUCAAUAUUUAUUCUCACCUUAUGCCUGCAGCUCUCACAGCCAUAAUUCUCUUUUUAUACGUCAUAUAUUGGAGUGCAAGCACUCCGGCUUGGAUCAGAUUGAGUUACUUCUUAUUUGGCAUCGGAGCCUACACAUGCCUCACACUGUCUGCCCUCUUUCAUCUUUUUAAGUCACAUUCACCACGAGUGUGCGGAUUUGGAAAUCAAUGCGAUUAUUUUGGGAUCGUUGUUAUGAUCACAUUUUCGUUGAUAUCAGUCGUAAUGUUUGUUUUCGAAGAGGUUCCUCAAUGGAGAAAUAGUCUUGUCGUGAUAUUCAUGACCCUUGGCUCAGUAUGUACUAUUAUGACCUUCGAUAAGAAAUUUUCCACGCCUCUUUACCGUCCACUAAGAUCAUUUGUUUUCGUGAUAUAUGGUCUUUCAGGUGUUAUACCAGUUAUAAUAGCUGCAAAUGUUUUCGGGAAAAUUGAUGCGUUCCAUCGAUUAAGUGCACAAUGGUUGAUCCUCGAGGGCCUUUUCUACAUCGUAGGGGCAUUUUUAUACGCAGCAAGAAUUCCUGAGAGAUUUUGCCACACAGAGGAAACACGAUGUAAAAAAGUGCCGGGGAAGUUCGAUAUCUUUGGCCACCUGCAUCAAAUUUUUCACAUUAUGGUUUUGAUUGCGGCAGCUUGCCAUUUGAAGGCACUCUCGAAUUGCCACGUACAUUGGCAAAGUAGAAAGUCUUACGACACAUAGCCCAAAAAAUACUUCAUCAAGCAACACACUAUCUGAUGCCCUGUCAACGAAGAUGUUUUGACUUUAAAUGCACCUCAUUAUGCUUGACUUGAAUUGUCGUCCACAGAUCCGCGAGGCCUAGAUCAUAAAGGACACAAGGAUCUUGUCAUGUACUGCAAUAGACACAAAUCGUCCUAAAAAUAUGAACAUAAACGUUGGAAACUGAAUAAAUUUAAAUACAAAAUCAUUAAGACUUUCUUUGUAGGAAAUCGUGACACCAAUUUAUCGCGAAGACAAUAAUUUUUAAGCUUGGUUUUUGGCCCUUCUCUCUUGCACAGCCCCAGCGAGUUUUCUCAACAUAGUGACGGUAGUUUCCCAUGAAACACACCCAUCAGUGAUAGAAACUCCGUACUUCAAGCUCUCUUUUCCUGUGCCUUGCUU